AUGCAUUGUUUAAGGUUCGGUUAUGAGAGUGAGCUCUAUCCAGAAUUCGAGGCAAUGAAACGGAAAUACAAUUUGGAUGUUGAGUUGGCGGCUAGUGGCUUUACGAAACAAAUGGCAAAAGAUUUGAAUGCUGUUAGUUGGAUGGAGAAUUUUGAAUUAUUUCAAUGCAUUCCAAUUAAGGAGCGAUGUUAUCUCAUUUAUUCGAAACUGUCUUUUUUUUGGCUUAUUCGGGAAAAAAGUUGUUAG